AUGUGGCAGUUCGCACUGCUGGAUGAGACAAGUACUGCGCUUCAUCAUGAAAACGCUAGGAGCGCUUCUGAUCUGAAAGUUGGAGAGGAACACCCAACAGAGGGCAAACAGCGACUGGACCAUGGGCAAAGUGAGAAAACUAAAGGGAAAAUUCAAGCCGUGAAGAAGGAGAAAGAAAAAGAGAAAAUUGUCGUGAAGAGAGAACCCAUUGACCAAACCCCACAUCUGAAGCGCCCGAAAGCUGACCCCUCUGCACCGGGGGAGGGCGGGAAGGGGGUCAAACUCGAACCUCUGACCCCGGAAGAGAAAAGCCUCCAUGCGGAGUUGUUGAAGAAUAACUCUUUUAACGCCUGGGCGAGCAGCAAGAUAUCUCUUCAUCGGAGUCUGCCGGAUCUCAGACACAGACUGUGUAAACAGAAGCAGUACUUCCGGCCCUUGCCUCAAAGUUCGGUCAUCAUUAUCUUCUAUAACGAGGCGUGGUCCACGCUACUGCGCACGGUGCACAGCGUGUUAGAAGCGACCCCUGCCGAGCUGCUGCGGGAAGUCAUCCUGGUGGACGACUGCAGCACGUUUGCUCACCUGCAGACGCCGCUUGAAGAGUACCUGUCCGACCUUCCCCAGGUGCGGCUUGUGCGGAGCCCGACACGGCAGGGGCUCAUCCGGGCACGGCUACUGGGCGCCUUACAUGCACGCGGAGAGGUGCUGACGUUCCUGGACUCCCACUGUGAGUGCAUGCACGGGUGGAUGGAGCCGCAACUGGAGACCAUCGCCAGAAACCACAGCACAGUCCCGAUAUCCGUGCUGGACAACAUACUGCAUGAUACCUUCCAAUACGUGUUCAUAGAGUUAGAGAGCAUACCGAUGGGCGGCAUCAACUUCAAAGACCUGACGUUUGCCUGGGAGACGAUUCCCGAGCACGAGCGGAAACGGCGGAAAUCUCCGGUCGACCCCAUCAGGUCUCCGACCAUGGCCGGCGGGAUUUUCUCCAUCAAUAAGAAGUACUUUGAGCACCUGGGCGCUUACGACACCGGCAUGGAGGUGUGGGGCGGAGAGAACAUAGAGAUGUCCUUCCGGAUCUGGCAGUGUGGCGGAACCAUCGAGAUCCUGCCGUGUUCUCACGUGGGUCACGUGUUCAGACAGACGUCACCCUACUCGACCAAUGACGCCUGGAAGAAAAUGGUACACAACACGAAAAGGAUGGCGGAGGUCUGGAUGGAUGACUACAAGGAAAUCUACUACAGGAGACAUCCAGAAUAUAGAAAGUACCCCAUUGGAGACCUGACGCAGCGGAAACUCCUGAGGAAAGCGCUGCACUGCCGGGAUUUCAGCUGGUACCUCAAACACGUGUACCCCAGUCUCUACGUCCCCGAUAUUCGACCAAUGGCAUCGGGGCAGGUAAGUCACCUGACUUCAUCUAGUGCCUGUAGCUUGCCUAUCUCCAAUGACCAGACGGGCCUGUGUCUGGACGUGAUUAAGGUUGGGAAGGAGCCAGCCGGAGUGUUCGCAUGUCACGGGAAGGGUGGUACACAGUUCUGGGAACUCACGCAUGCGCAUGAGGUGCGUGACAAGAGAGGAGAAUACUGUUUGCAGGCAUCAUGGGAUAGAUCUGACGUCAUCACGGCCAAGUGCACGCGCACGCGAGGUGACGUGCAACCGUCCGAGGAGCAGAAAUGGGUUGUCAAGGAUUCCGGAUUGCUUUACCACCCUCAGACGGACAGGUGUUUGGACGGAACCGAAUCCGGAUUGAGCAUGACGGACUGCAGUACCAGUGGCAGCCAGAGGUGGCGCAUAGAGAACUUUAACCCAUAACAUUCAGAAACUGGUGAAA